AUGUCGCUCCAACUGUUUGACGUGCCCGAGGUGGAUUAUCGGUACGAAGCCUCCCGGGAGGUGGAGUUUCAACGCGCCCUGACGGGUAUCCAGCCCAUCACGUUCUCCAUCCCGGGCUCCGACGAUUAUUACGAUACCAAUUCCCUCCGAUUCAAAGUCAAAGUCCGUCUGACCGAUCCAGCCGCUGGGUAUAAUGGCUUGAAUGCUGAUUUGGCCGCCGCGUCGGAUGCCAACAAUUCCAAAAGCACGUACUGCGUCAACAAUUUUGGACACUCCAUCUUUCGAGAUAUCACCCUGAGCAUGAAUGGGGUCCUCAUGACGGAACAGAGCAACACCUACCAUUACAGAGCCUACCUAGAAACCCUCCUGAACUACAACCGAGAAGAAGGUGCCACCAAGUUAGCCCCCCAAGGAUGGGUCAAUGCCCUCAAUGUGGUGAAUAUCAUGGGAGCCACAGGAGCCAAUUCGGAUAUCCCCACGAACGCUGGAUGGAGUGGCAAUACAGAAUUGAGAGCCUUGACGAGCCGAUUGCUGAGCGAAAAUUGGCACACCUUCCUCAUCCGUCCCCAUUUGCCACCCCUCAAGACAGGCAAAUUGUUGGUCCCCAAUGUCCAGAUGGACUUUGAACUCUUCCUCAACCCCAACACCGUCUACAUGAUGGGCACCCCCAACAAAGGCACCUUAGUCGCCAAGAAAUUUCCAGCCAUUCACCCAGAAGACAUCAAAGUCACCUUGCUGAUGAGAAAAGUGACCUUGAAUGCCAGUGUCUAUGUGAGACUGCAGAAAGAAAGACAGUUGGGCAAACAAAUUGCCCGCUACCCCGUGGUGCGGAGCGAAAUCCGCACCUUUUCCUUCGAUGGACGUACCACCCAGUGGGAACAAGACAAUGUGUUUGUAGGUCGAUUUCCUGACCGAGUGAUGGUCGGAUUACUGCAUUCCGAUGCCUUCAAUGGAAACCUACAACGCUACCCCUUUGCCUUUGAAAAGUUUGGAGUCACCCAAAUACGUCAGACCUUGAAUGGAGAAGAAUACCCUUAUAGAACCCUGCAAUUGACAGGCGAUCAAGCCUAUGAAGAUCUACUGGGGUACGAUCGAUUUCUACAAGCCAUGGGUGUUUACAAUGAAGACAAGAUUCCUAUGCUGCUGCCUGGAGAUUGGGGACAAGGCAAGAACUGCACGUUGUUCCUGUUCAACAAUGUGCCCAGUGGAAAAGCCGAUGAUCCUCAGUAUCGCAACCCCCGUCAAUCGCGCAAUACGCGACUGAUCAUUGAUUUUGCGGCUGCGGUGGGUCACAACAUCACCGUGUUGGUCUGGAGCGAAUAUGAAAACAUGUACGAGAUCAAUCACAUGGGAGGUAUAAAGUACAACAUCAACGGUUGAAGUGAAGUCAGAAGACAGAAGACACCGGGCAUGGAGUUUGUGGCGCUCAGUGAUAGAGUGCUGCGCACGUUGGCCCUAGAAGAUCCUCAAUUACGACGCGUGUUUCACGGGGUGUACCCCGCCGACCAGUUACCCCGUUCACCUCCCAAGAGUGUCCGUCAAGCCUACAUUGUCAAUACGGAUCCAGCCGGAGAACCGGGACAACAUUGGUUGGGGUUGUGGACGGAACAGAACAAGUGCGAGAUCUUUGACAGUUAUGGACUGCCCCUGCACGUGUACACCCACCCCGACUUGCGCCAAUGGUGGAGUUAAUGGAAGCACCUGAUCCGCAGUGACCAGACGUUGCAAGCCCUGGAUAGUCAGACCUGUGGCCAUUAUGCGUUAUUUUUCCUGAAAGCCCGAGCCCAAGGCCAGUCGUAUCAAGAGUUUUUGAGUCAAUGGAGUUGCGACAACUUAGUGUUGAAUGAUCAGAAAGUGGCGGACCAGUUGAAACGGGUGAUUAAACAGGAAGUCCAAGAUGAAGUCGAUGCCCGCCCAGAGGGAGGGCAAAAGAAUGUGAGCCGACAGGCCUUUAUGCUUUGUAAUCCUUGUGAGUGUUAAAAUAAAAAACACCAUAAAACGAGAUGUGCUGUGAAUGAGUGGUCAUUUCAUCAUGAUUACGCGAGGGGAUGUUCAGCGUGUGAUUGACGCCUUCAUGUUAGAAGAAACCCUGUAUUGGUGGUCCCACCCUAUUGAACGGGUGAACACCGUCCAAGGGGUGGAUGCCUGGGAUGGGUAUCAUUGGCUGGUGACCCGCCAACUGGCCCAAGACCAAGACUGGGUCGCUCUCAAACAGUAUAUGGACACCAUGCAAGAAACGCAUUUAAGAGAGACGAUGGAAGGGUUGAUUCAGUUCGAAUCGCCACGUCUUUACCGCGAGUAUUGGACAGCAUGCCCAACCCCAGACAACAACGACGACGACGCGCUUCCAACCCACUCUUGCGACGAUUGGACCGCUUGCCCUUCCACAGACGACUACGACAACAGCGCGCUUCCUCCCAACGACGACCCCGCUUUCGUCAAAACGGGCGAGGCAUCAUGAGCGUGUUGGCCAAAGCGUAUAAAAUCGGGGAUACAUUGGGUCGUAGCAAACGGUAUAAACGCAUGGGCGCUAAAGGGGCUACAGGUCAUUAUCGACGUCACCCUCGACCGUGGGAAGGAUGAUUCGACAGCCCAGUAGUGUGAUUAUCGCGGGCCCGUCAGGCAGUGGCAAGAGCGAGUUAGUGGAACAUUGGUUACGGGACCUCAAUGUGUUUCAAGUCAAACCCCACAAGAUCGUCUAUGCGUACGACCGAUGGCAACCCCGGUUUGACCGUAUGCAAAAGAAAGAGGGGAUUCAAUUUCAUCGCGGGUUACCGGACCCCCGUCAUUUAACCCAAUGGUUUGGCCGGACGCGUGGCGGAGUGCUGGUGUUGGACGAUUUGAUGGAAGAAGGGGGACAGGACAAACGCGUGUUGGAUUUGUUCACCAAAGAUUCUCAUCAUCGCAACAUCACCGUCUUGUAUUUGACGCAAGAUUUAUUCCCACCGGGUAAAUUUUAA